CAUCGUCAACCUGUGUCUGCCACAAAAUCUCCUCCCCCUGGGAUCAGCAGCACAAACCUAAACACAACACACAAGCAAAGAAAAGAAAGAGAAUGGCAGCAAGCGUAGCAACAAUGGCGAUGCUGAAUGCAAAAUGCUUGAGCAUAAGCUCAACCAAGAUGACCAUCCCAACUAAACCUAACCCAAAACCCAUCUCUCUCCUCUCCAUGCGAAACCUCCCCAAGGGUCUCACCCUCUCAAAACCCAACCCCCCUUCUUCUUCACUUGCCGGCACCGCCAUUGCCGGUGCUAUCUUCUCCACCCUCAGCUCAUGCGAUCCCGCCUUCGCCGCCCAGCAGAUAGCCGAAAUAGCCGAGGGAGACAACCGUGGUUUAGCCCUAUUGCUUCCCAUAAUCCCCGCCAUAGCGUGGGUUCUCUUCAACAUCCUUCAACCGGCACUCAACCAGCUGAACCGAAUGAGGAGCACCAAGGGGGUGGUCAUCGGGUUAGGCCUCGGUGGGUUGGCUGCUUCGGGGUUCGUGUUUUCACCGGAAGCAUCGGCCAGUGAAAUCGCCACGGUCGCGGACGCUGCUUCGAGUGACAACCGGGGGACACUCCUCCUCUUCGUGGUGGCUCCCGCUCUUCUCUGGGUAGCCUACAAUAUUCUGCAACCGGCUCUGAACCAGCUUAACAGGAUGAGAUCUCAGUGAGCCAGUGUGGAUCUUUGUACGAGGGUGUAGUAGCAUGUAAAUUUCCUGUAAUUGCACCAUGUUAAUGGAACUCUCUUUUA